CUAGGGAAUGGAUCUGCUCAGCAUCAAGAUUUGGAGACCUGCCAGUCGCCCGAGUGGCCUGUCUCCCUCUUCACCCCAUACGAGUGACGGACUUGGUAAGAGACAAGAGGUCUCGCAGCUGUUAGAAAUACCAUUCUUGCCCCUCGCACUAUGAGAAUCGACUGUCAGUAAAUCUUCUCUUUCAACACACCCGACAUCGUUUUUUCUUGCACAAUUUUCUCUCCCUCAAACAUCUCCCUCAAACAUGAAAUCAUUAUCCACCCUCGCGCUUCUCGCUCUUCUCACCAGCGCUCUAGCUGGUGCAUCUACAGAGCUUCCAAGUUGCGUUACAACCAAGACGCUUCCCCCCAUCACCAUAUACUCUUGUCCUGGGGACAGUGAGCCAACAAAGGUUGUCUUCGCACCUGUACAAUCUUCGAACUCUGUCCCCAAGCCCGGGGCCCCCGGCUCUUCUGGUGCUCCCAAUGUUCCCGGUGUCCUUGGUGCUCCUGGUGCUCCAGGACAACACGAUGGCCCUGAAGAACCCAACACCACCCAGAACAAUGGCAACAUCCCCAAUCCUCAGCAGCCCAGCGCCCCUGAGAGUGCUGGCUCUGGUCCCAGCCUCGGUUCUGAGUCUGGCUCUAGCCCUAACUCGAACCCUGGCCAACCUGUCGGCACUGCCGAGCCCAGCACCACUGGGUCUGGCGUUGUGCCCAGCAGCCCCGAGACACCAAGUGUCAUCGCUGUUGCCGGCGCGCCCACCGUUCAGCUCGAUAUUCUCCUAUUCAGCGCUGCCGCACUUGCCGCCUUCGCAAUGGUUUGGGUCUAAGGAUAUAAGGUUGGAACCAACUGGUGAUGAACGGUAGCUGGUGUUGGUAGCUCGAAUUAUCACUCACACUUUUUCUUGAAUCUUGUUUGGUGGACGAAACUAGUUCGUAUGUCGCUUAGAUAGGUUUAAUGCAGUGUUUCUUAUCGUCCUCAGGACAAGUGGGCGGAGCCAACAGUAAAUGGCGGAUCUUUGAUGUCAG